AUGGCUUCCCCCAUGAUGCUUGCCAGGACCGCCCUCCGGCCACAGGCCCGGCGUAUGAUCAACUCGACACAAUGGACGCGGAGUCUAGGCAGAAGAUUCAGGCCCGAGCCGGAGCCUCAGCAAGACAAGUCGAAUCUCGCCCUCCGCAUACUUACCGGUGUCCUUGCGGGUGGCCUUGUUGCCGGUGCCGCCAUGGCCGCGUAUCCCAUGCUCACGGGCGGAAACAAGAAGGAGCCCAUGAAGGUUGAGCUGAUCUUUCAGGAGCCUCGGAAACGGUCCAUAUCCGCCGAGGAGAGCCGCGAGCAGUUGAGCCCCCAGCACGUUCAGGUCAAGCACAGCUGGGAACAUCCCGGUGUUUACGCAUGGGGUUCGAAUGUCGGUAAGGUCGUUGCCCCGGACUCCAACGAGCUUGUCAUCAAGACCCCAAGGCGCAUUGCCUACUUUGAUGACCAGGUCCUGCGCGAUCUCAAGCUGGACAGCAAUUUUGGUGCCGCCAUCGAUGAGAAGGGAAAUUUGGUCCAGUGGGGUGUGGGCUUCGACAAGGAUCAUUAUAAGCCGACUGUCACCUUGAAGGGCAAGGACCUGGUCAAGCUGGACGUCUCCCGCGACCGUAUCAUUGGUCUUGCCUCCAACGGAGAAGUUUACUCGAUCCCGGUGGCCGCCGCAGAUCAGAGAGCUGGUCAGAAAGAGACCACCGCCUCCCCUUCCUCCCUCUGGUCUAGCCAGGCACCCGUGAACUACCGCCCCCUCACGCCCAAGAACCUGCGAUGGGGUGAAAAGAUUGUUGAUGUCCGCAGCGGCUUGGAGCACUGCCUGAUGCUCACCUCCAAUGGCCGUGUCUUCUCUGCAGCCGCCAGCUCUGAAGAUUUCCCUUCCAAGGGCCAACUUGGAGUCCCUGGCCUGACGUGGACCAACCGCCCGGCCGGACCUUACGACCAGCCUCACGAAGUCACCGGCCUAAGCGGCUCCAAGAUCAAGGAGAUUGCCGCCGGCGACUACCACUCGCUCGCCCUCGACACCGAGGGCCGCGUCUACGCCUUUGGCGACAACUCCUUCGGCCAGCUCGGCUUCGAGAAUGACACCGAACACCCUUACGUUGACUCGCCCCGCCCUGUGCCCAUCAACAAGCUCUACCACGGCACCAACCUUCGGCCCAAGGUGACCUACAUCGCCGCCGGCGGCCCCAACAGCUUCUUCACCGUCGACGCGCGCGCCUUCCAAGGCCAGCUCGGCGGUGAUGGCUCAUCCGGCCAAGGCCAGAUCGUGCCCGCCAAGGACCUCGGUCGCGUCAACGUCGAGACCUGGGCCUGCGGCGAGGGUAUCCACGGCACCCUGGGCAACGGCAAGUGGACGCACGUCUCGGUUUGCCCGACCAAGGUCAAGGCGCUCUCGAACCUGUUCGAGUUCGACGAGGCCACGAACCAAGUGGUGCCCAUCCGGCUGUCCCGCAUGUCGGUUGGCGGUAACCACGCGUGCGCCGUCAUGGACAACUUUACCUGCGUCGACAGCCCUCUCAAUGGGAACGUCAAGUCGGACACGGACACCAACUUUGGCGCUGACGUGCUGUGGUGGGGUGGGAACGAGCAUUACCAGCUGGGUACCGGAAAGAGGAAUAACGUUAACACGCCUUCUUAUAUCGUGCCGCUGGAUACGCCUACUCGUCGGGGACCUGCCCAUGCGCAGGAGAACCGGCUGGUGCAGAGGGAGGGAGAGUCUAAUCGCUUUCAGUUGACGCCGAGGAAGACGGUCAAACUGGAUGGAAGAUCGGUUAGUGUCGAGCAGCGCGCCGAGUGCGGGCGGGACGUUAGCGCUGUUUACUCUGCUGCUUGAGAGAGGCGGAGAGGAAGAACUGUGGUAGUUGUAUGAUAGGUACAGGCUUGUUUUUGGCAGUAGAUUGAUGAGGGGUGUUGAAUGAUGCGGUGCCGACCGUACAUACGUGUAUAUGUUAUAAAAAGGGGGUGAAGUUAUUGGCCUAGUAUGACAGCCAAGGAGGUCUGUAUCACUACCUUUCGCAUGAUAGCAUUGUUUAGUA